AUGAUUACUGGCACGAUCGGCUCCUGCUCGAGCAGCUGGGGUCCACGCGUUGGAUCAUUGUUGCCCCGCACUUCGAUCUGUACGAUGAGGAGUUGGCGGAGGCCAUCGACGUUCGGGAAAUCGGGCCAUGCGGCGGUGUCGGGUUCGGGCCAUCGGGAUUCAGAUUUUUGCGCCGUUGAUUGGAAGUUGUUCAAGUUGACGGGGUUCGCCAGGUCAUCGCUACAUGGAGAAUCGCGAGCAGCGGCAGCAGGCAUGGACGCACUAGAAUUUGCGAAGCGAUUCAGGGCACCCCUCAUCUACGACAACGUGAACGUCAAUGUUGACGAGGGCACGCGCUACGCUGGAGAGUCAGCACUCGCGAUCGACGCGAAGGCGCCUGAUGACGCAGCCAAGAAGGAGAGCACCACCAGCUUCCAGGACAGGCGCACGGGCAUCGAGGAUUUGGCGCUACGAGAACGGAUGGAUGCUACGCAGGCGCAGUGGGAGUGA